UCUUCAUCAUCUCCAUCAUCCUCCUCUUCUGAGGUGUGUCUGCUCCGCUCGGCUGCAGACAGACAGACAGACAGACAGACAGACAGACAGACGUCCCGCAGACACACGACUGGAUAUUGAACCCUUCACCUGCAGCGGAUCCGGUGAAUGUUCACGGAACAUGGCGUCAAAAUGUCCUAAAUGCGACAAGACGGUGUAUUUCGCGGAAAAAGUGUCGUCUCUCGGGAAAGACUGGCACAAGUUCUGCUUGAAAUGUGAACGCUGCAGCAAGACGUUGAAUCCAGGAGGCCACGCUGAGCAUGACGGGAAGCCUUUUUGCCACAAGCCCUGCUACGCUGCCCUCUUUGGGCCAAAAGGCGUGAACAUCGGGGGAGCUGGUUCCUACGUGUACGACGCUCCUGUCAAUGAAGCCCCUGUGGCUGUUUCCAUGGAAACAGAUGCUAAACCGGAGGAGGAGAAAAAAGCCCCCGCACGGGGACCAGUGAAGGCUGCAAGCUUCUCAUCUUUCUCCGGAGGUCCCAACAUCUGCCCCAGGUGUAACAAGACGGUGUAUUUCGCCGAGAAGGUGUCGUCUCUUGGGAAGAACUGGCACCGGCCCUGUCUGCGCUGUGACCGAUGCAGUAAGACUCUGUCUGCCGGCAGCCACGCAGAGCACGAUGGACAGCCGUACUGCCACAAACCGUGCUACGCUGUGCUGUUUGGACCCAAAGGUGUAAACACUGGAGGUGUCGGCAGCUACAUCUAUGACGAGCCCGAAGCUGAAGCUCAGCCUUGAGCUCUGACGCAGCACCACUUCCAGGACGUCUCUUUAAUUUGCCUUCAAGUGUCAUGGUGACAAAUGACAUGUACUGUACUCACAGGGGUGGAUAUUUAGACAUUUUUGUUGUAUUUAUACAUUGUUUAUAUAUAUAUUUUUUGUACUGAAACGAACCUUUAAUAUAUCCUCCCUGGUGUGAGUUUCAGAUUUGCCUUUCAGUUCCUUGGUUCUCUUUGCCAAAUACUUAUCAGCGUGUUACGUAUAGUAGAUUGUUUUUUGUUUCUCUCAUGAUUAAUAGUUUUUCAAACUUUUGUGCACUUGAAACUCGAAAUUAUUAAAAACAAAGUACCAGCCAAACAAUUUACUGUCAGUGUUGAUCCUGGCUCUAAAGUGAAGGUGUAGCCGUAGUGAAGAUACACAGAGACGUGAGUUUUACUGAAUGUUAUGAAGGUGAGUUUGUGAACAAAAAAAAUGUCUGCAGUAAAACUUUGUCUUACCAAA